AUGUCGAAAACUUAUCUUGGAGCGGAUGACGAUACCGAAAGACAUUCUUUAAGCAGUCAUGAUUCGUGUGAAUCAUAUUAUGGCAAUCAAUUGCAUAAUCCGCGAACAUUGCAAUCCGUCCAACCUUCUGUUGUGUAUCCUGAAGAUGAGGAAAUAGUGGAAGAGGAGGGCGUUUCGAGAAAAACGUCGCUGCAUGAUAAAAGCAUCAUGGUACCUAGAAAGGACAGGCGCGGAAUUCUGGCAACUUUGGCUAUACUUCCCGAAUACAAAGAUGCACGAGAUUACCCGCAAAAAAUUAAGAGUUUAGUCAUUUUACUUAUUGCCAUGGCAGCCAUGAUGGGCCCGAUGGGUACAUCUAUCAUCUUCCCAGCGAUCAACGAAAUUGCCAAAGAUUACAAUACCAAAACGAUCAUGGUUAAUGUUUCGGUAGGGAUAUAUCUGCUUAGUUUAGGAGUCUUUCCGUUGUGGUGGUCGUCACUUUCUGAAAUGCGUGGACGCCGGACCGUUUACGUGAUAUCUUUCAGUCUAUUGUUUGCUUUUUCCAUCGGAAGCGCGUUGGCUCCCAAUAUUAAUGCUUUUAUCGUCUUUCGAAUGCUCUGUGGAGCGUCAUCCGCCAGCGUUCAAAGCGUUGGCGCAGGAACUGUAGCAGAUUUGUUCAAGCCUGAAGAGAGAGGUAAAAAUUUAGGGUAUUAUUAUCUUGGCUCCUUGAUGGCGCCUUUGUUUGCUCCCAUCAUCGGUUCGCUUCUGGUGAAUAGGUGGUCGUGGAGAUCGACGCAGUGGUUUAUGGUCAUUUUGGCAGGAGUCACUGUGCUUUUGUUGAGUCUGUUACUUCCAGAGACUCUGCGAACGCAAGAGGAUAAGAAUGCGAUUGCAGCGAUCCUGGCAGAGAGAAAACAAAUGAGAGCCAAAGAGAGUACCAGUCCUGAGAGCGAUAAGAGCCAAGAUGAUGGCCAAAAUGAGUCGGAGGAUGAGCAAGAGCAAGAGCUUACCAGAGCGAUAACGCUUGCAAGCGAGGUUUCACAAUAUCCAGGUGAAAACGAUGACGUUUACGUCGACGCGAUGGCCCCACAAGCGUCGCGCAUUCAGUCCAGGGAUCCUGAUUUCGAUCGGAGAAUGCGUCAAGGUGAGUUAAGACGUUGGAGAUCAAAUGUGGAAAAUGAACUUGAAAAAUUACAAACUGCUAAGACUGCGGGCAGUGCUGCGUAUGGAAGGCAAACCCCUCUCGGUGAGCGAUUCAAAAGGGCAUGCUAUCUUUACCUUUUUAGACCCUUGAAAUCAUUGGUUUUUCUCAGGUAUCCACCCGUCUCUUUGGCAAUAACUUUUUCUGCGAUAUCGUUUGGAAUCUUGUACUUCGUCAAUAUAACGAUUGAGUACAAAUACUCGCGACCUCCUUACAACUUCAAGCCACUUUACGUGGGUUUACUUUAUAUCCCAAAUUCCGUGACAUACAUCAUUGCGUCCAUUUAUGGUGGGAGGUGGGUCGAUAACUUGUUAAAACAAUACCAAGAGAAACAUGGCACCUCAGCUCCUGAAGCGAGAAUCUCCUGGAAUGUGGUCACCGCUGUCAUCAGUUUCCCUGCUGCCUUGCUCAUUUUCGGCUGGUGCCUUGAAAAGGAUAAUCAUUGGGAGACACCACUUGUAGGUACCGCACUUUUCGGAUUCGCUUCCAUGAUGACAAUUGGCGCUACGGUGGCGUACUUAGUCGACUCUUUACCUGGGAAAGGUGCCACAGGUGUUGCAUUAAACAACUUAAUUCGUCAAAUUUUCGCUGCCACGGCAGUUUUCACCACAGAACCAAUGCUCGAAGGCAUGGGAACCGGUUGGGCGUUCACGAUGCUUGCCUUCAUUGUCAUAGCGGCCAGCUCCGUCUUGGUAGUGUUGAAAUGGCGCGGUGAUCAUUGGAGAGAGAGCUUUGAUCUGCAAAGGCUUUAUGAUCUUUUGGAAUAA